AUGAUAAAGAAUCUUUUGGUUGGUAGAUCAUUGACUAGUACAUUGAAUAGUAGUAGUAUAUUAUGUAGAUUUGGUAACUACUAUGGUUAUUCUUAUUCAACAUUUACACAUAUCGAUGCUGAUAAACAACAACCUACAAUGGUAGAUGUAUCCGAUAAAUCAGUGACUAAAAGAACUGCUAUUGCAAGAUCAACUAUAGAGUUUCCAUCACAUGUUUUAGAGCAGUUACAAGGCAAUAUUACUUCAGAUGGCGGUAAAGUUAAAGAUAUAGUAUCAAAGAAAGGACCAGUAUUUGCAACUAGUAUAGUUGCAGGAACAAUGGCAGCUAAAAAGUGUUGGGAUCUUAUACCAUUCUGUCAUCCCAUCGCCAUUGAAUCGUGUACAUUUGACAUUAACAUUGUCGACAAGACUCACGUUCAAGUCGAUUGUACAGUGUCUUGUAGUGGAAAGACUGGAGUGGAGAUGGAAGCAUUGACAGGUGCAUCGGUUGCAAGUCUAACCAUCUAUGACAUGUGUAAAGCAUUAUCACAUGAUAUCAUCAUAAAAGAAACUAAACUAAUCAAUAAAUUGGGUGGCAAGAGUGAUAUCAACAAGAAGUAA